CAUGCGCGUCUUCUCCCGGAAGGAGAAAGGCCCCUCAAUCUGGCUCUGUCUUGGAGAUGCUCCUUUCUUCAUCGCAGUCCUGAAGGGAGGCAGGCUGCGCAUGCGCAGUGCUUUCUGGAGCUGCUGCUUAUUCAGCCCAGUCAGCAGCAGCCAAGGCCAGUCUGGGUCAGACUCCGAGGACCUUGGCCUGGCAAACUCUCCCAGUUCCCCAUCUCUUCACAAUGAGACGGAUCUGGGUUCAUAUCUUCCCUUCAGCCUGUAGUUGAUAUUGCUAGAUGUGGAGGAAAUGCUGGAGUAGAGAUGGCAGAUAGUAUCAAGAUCUUCCUUAAUGAUCUCAUCAGAGGAAUUAAAGAUUCCAUAUGGGGGAUUUGUACCAUCUGCAAGCUGGAUGCUCGGAUCCAGCAGAAAAGGGAAGAGCAACGAAAAAGAAGAGCAAGCAGUGUACUUGCCCAACGAAGAGCACAGAGCGAAGAGAGGAAGCAGGAGAAUGAACCCCAGAUAGUAAGCCGCAUAUUUCAGUGUUGCGCAUGGAAUGGAGGUAUAUUCUGGCUUAGUCUGUUCUUGUUCUACCGGGUAUUCAUACCUGUUCUUCAGUCGGCAACAGCACAUAUAAUUGGUGACCCCUCUUUACAUGGUGAUGUCUGGUCAUGGUUGGAGUUUAUCCUCACGUCCAUCUUCAGUGCCCUUUGGGUUCUUCCCCUCUUUGUUCUCAGUAAAGUGGUCAACGCCAUCUGGUUUCAGGAUAUUGCCGAUCUGGCAUUUGAAGUGUCAGGAAGGAAGCCCCAGCCUUUCCCCAGUGUCAGUAAAAUCAUUGCUGAUAUGUUGUUUAACCUCUUACUGCAAGCUCUCUUUCUCAUCCAGGGGAUGAUUGUAAGUUUAUUUCCCAUUGACAUAAUUGGCCAGCUGGUCAGCCUGCUUCAUAUGUCGCUGCUCUACUCUCUGUAUUGUUUUGAAUACCGUUGGUUUAACAAAGGAAUUGAAAUGCAUCAACGGUUAUCCAACAUAGAAAGGAACUGGCCCUAUUACUUUGGAUUUGGUUUACCACUAGCCUUUCUCACUGCAAUGCAGUCUUCUUAUAUUAUCAGCGGCUGCCUGUUUUCCAUUCUUUUCCCUCUGUUUAUCAUCAGCGCCAAUGAAGCAAAGACACCAGGAAAAGCAUACCACUUCCAGUUGCGUCUCUUUUCCUUGGUGGUCUUCCUUAGCAACAAACUCUUUCAUAAGACGGUUUAUCUCCAGUCUACGCUGAGCAGCUCUUCUUCAUCUGAUCGACUGCCCUCACCACAUUCAUCGCCUGCCAGACAAAAGGCUGCUUUGGUGCACUGAACCAUAACCAAAGCAAGGGGGGCUGGGGGAAAGAAGGGCACCGUCCCUGGCUGUUAUGUGUGUGUUCCCGUGAUCCAGGGAAGGGGCAGUAAGCAGUCUGCCAAAGGAACUUCUCUUCCAAUCACUGUCGUAAGCUCCUGUGGGACAUUGAUUUUGAAUAACAGGACUAUGUGAAGAAAAGAAAUGUGGUGGGUGGGGGGGGGGAGCAGUGGAGCCUGGGUUUUUAACAUCUCUUGUCAGUUUUUAAAAGCCAGGUUCUGUGCUUGUUUUUCUAGUGUGUAAUGGACCUGUGCCUGUACUGAUUUUGUAUACCCCUCUCCUGUGCCAUUUCCCCCUGCUUCCCAGAAUGAAUGGUUUUGUGUUGUUGUUUUUUUGUAAUGCAUAUUUUGUCAUAGCUUUGUGAUGAUGCUAAUGGGGUCUUUAUGGUGAACUACACCACAAGUGUUGGGUUUUGUCAACGAUCAUAGAUUUUUUUUUGUAUAUUUUAACUCAGGUCAGGAUUUUGUAAUCCCUGUUGUGUUUCAAAUGAAAAGUGGCUCUAGCAGCAGGGUCAAGAUACAGAAUGGAGGGAACUCUAUUCGUAGUAUCUGGCGACAUCAGUGCAGUCCUUGUUGCAACCGAAGGACCUGGCUAGGUGCCUCUUCUAGCGGUUUGUGCCAGAAGAGACCCACUUUUGACAGCUGAAACAAAUUCCUAACCAUAACAACAGAAUGUAUGGAUUUUUGUUUUUUAAACUACAUCCUUGGAGCUUUUACAAAAGUUCUUUCUGGACUUUCAAAGGGAAAUGAGAAAACGUACGGGUACGGUCAGGCGCCGAAGCGAAAACGUGUUGAAUCUGUGCGCGGAGUUGUAAGAUUUGCAGUAUAACGUUUUGGUCUUGGAACAAGGAGAUGAAAAAUUAGUGUCUUUAUAGAUCCUAGUUGUGGUUGAAUUAAAAACAGUUGCAGUCCCGAAGGAUAUCCAUGGAAAAAACCAAGACAGAACUGUAUUGGUUUUCUACAGGACUUCUUGCACAGAGCUGCUUCAAAGAGGCCAUUGACUUUCUGAGUCUCUGUCUAAUGGAUUUACCUUUGUAGCAAACAAGACUGGUUUGAGUCAAGGUUAACCAAUAGCUUCAAUAAGGACCCGACAUGCAACUGUUGCCCUAGCCGAGUUAGAAAGAUGUACACCGAAGUGCUCCUCUGUGAUUCUAAUCGAAGCUGAAACUAACCCAUCAGCACAAGAUAUGUGACCUUUGUGUGCGUCUGUUUGUCUGUGUGUAUAUGCGUGACUGUGUAUGCACAAAGGGAGCGUACCCCUUGGUUUUAGACAGUGUUCCUCAUGCAUGUCAAACUUCUGUGGGGCUGAAAACUAAAGUUACAACAACAAAAAAAGCCCUUUGGUUUUUCUUUUUGUAGAACUGAUGUCAGUCUACAUACAACCUUUUCUCUAGUAUUUUCACACUGAAAUAUUAAAGUGGAAAAAAAAAA